AUGCUACCUGGAUUCCUGCAGAGUAGCUACGCUCGCUACAAAGCAGAUACCAAUACCUUCGCAACAUGGCUACUAGAGACUGCCAACCAAUGUGGCUAUCGGCCUACCCUUUCUGCUACCGUUCCUACGGCGAACAAGAUCCUCACCAUUGCCAAACGCACCAUCAAAUUGAGGAAAACGGUCACUUCAUGGUUCUUGGGUCGUGGCGACACCGCGAACAAUAAGCGCCAUGCUCGCUUUAUCACUGCGCUGGAGCAAAUUUGCGACACCCUUCAAUGGAAUACCGCCCAACCCUCCAAGACAGAUGCUAAGCAGCCACAAUCAAUGCCUGAGGAACCUGAGGAUAUCCCAGAGACUCGAUCGGCGCCCGCAGCAUCGAAGAAGGUUGUCAAGGUCACGGUUGUGGCGGAGGAAAAUGAGGCAGCCGACCCCUAUCUUGGUCACUUGUUCUUCAAGACCUUGUGUCUACUGCAAGAUUUGGACAACAUGCGGAAAUUUAAUUCCAUCACCUGGUCGGAGUACCGGGAUAAGAAAAUCGACCUUAUGAACGCCGCUAUCGUGACGGACAGUGCCUUGUAA